AGGAGGGGAGGUGACAUAUUUCCAGCAGGGGAACUUAUCAGCCAAACAGUGUCGGUUCAACCUCCCUUGACUUAUUACCUGAGGCCCAUUCAAACAUUCACAGAGAGGUGCGGAGGAGGGGAUUAAACAUUUUCAUUUUGACGUGAAGAAACAGGAUUACAGCUUGAGCACUUUUUGGACCUUGGAUACAAUCCUCCUGAGUUGUUGUGUCAGAUAGAAAGGCAUGGCACAGGGACAAAAGAGCCCCAGGUGGGCAUUAACCCAGCGCCCCUUCCACUUGGCACUGGGCCUGUGGCUCCUCUCCCUCCUCCAAAUCCUCCUCAGCGUCUCGGCCGCAGACGAGUACGACUACUACAGCUGGCAGUCAGACAACUUCCACAACGGGCGCUUCUACACCAAGCAGCCCCAAUGUGUGGACAUACCGGCCGACUUGCGUCUGUGUCACAACGUGGGCUACAAGAAGAUGAGGCUGCCUAACCUUCUCGACCACGAGACCAUGCCGGAGGUCAAACAGCAAGCCGGAAGCUGGGUGCCACUCCUGGCAAAACGCUGUCACGCUGACACCCAGGUCUUCCUGUGCUCGCUGUUUGCACCCGUAUGCCUGGACCGGCCCAUCUAUCCGUGCCGUUCACUGUGCGAGGCCGUGAGGGACAGCUGCGCUCCCGUGAUGGAGACUUACGGCUUCCCUUGGCCGGAGAUGCUGACGUGCGAUAAGUUCCCCAUUGAUAACGACCUCUGCAUCCCUAUGCAGUUCACCGGGAACCACGCCACCCAGCCGCCAGUGUCAAAGGUGUGCCCGCCGUGUGACAACGAGCUGAAAGCAGACAACAUCAUGGAGCAUUAUUGUGCCAGUGACUUUGUCCUCAAAAUGAGAAUCAAGGAGGUGAAGAGAGAAAAAGGCGACAGGAAGCUGAUUGCGGCCCAAAAGAAGAAGAAAGUGUUGAAACAAGGUGUGCUGCGGAAAAAAGAUCUGAAGAAGCUGGUACUCUACAUCAAGAACGGCGCCAACUGCCCAUGCUCGCAGCUGGACACCCUGGGCUCCAACUUCCUCAUCAUGGGCCGUAAAGUGGACCAGCAGCUCCUUCUCAUGUCCAUCCACAAAUGGGACAAGAAGAGCAAGGAGCUGAAGUUCGCCAUCAAGUACAUGAAGUCCCAUCAGUGUCCAACCUAUCACACUGUCUUCCAGUGAUGCAGCUCAUUGUCGUAUUUGUAGAAUCCAUUACACUUUUGAUAUAUUUCCAAAUAUUUCACCCUUGAGUCCAUAAUCCUGGUCUAAAGAAUAUCUAUAGGCUGGUAAAGCUAUGCUUUAACACAAAGAGGUUACAUUUUUAUAUCAUGUAGAGGAGGAACCCUCUUAUCAUGACAAUUUAGUAGGACUUUAGUGUAACUAGCGGACCUGGAGAAGCUUUAUUUUUCUAUUCAUAGAUUUUAUAUAAACAGCUGCACACACACAAGCUCAAUUCUGUGUCACUCACUCAAGCUGUUUGUAUGUAUAAUAUUUGUAUGAACAUCAUAUACAUCAUAUACAGGAUGUCUUAGUUGGGUUGGUCACAAACAUAGAUUGCUGUGCUGGACUUAAAAUCUCCUACUGAAUUACCAUGACAACUAUUAGAACGUAAAUAUUCAAAUUUCCAGGUGAAAUCAUGUUUAAUUAUGUAACCAUUAUUGAGGGUGUUUUGCAGAGGAGUGAUUUGCUAAAUGUGGACUGUGCAAUGGGCCGGUGCUGCACAAAUGUCCCAGAAGAACCUGAAGUAGUCAUAGAUGUAACGAUGCAAGUAUUAGGUAAUUCCUUCGCAUAGAUGAUUAGCAAAGAUUUUUUCCUCCGUUGGGAAAGAAGAAUAGCCAGGGAGGAAGGUUGAAGCGCUGAGAGACGAAAUUGACUGGAUGAUGUUGCCACUGACUUUAGAAAAGGAAGUUUCCACAUUUUUCAAACGGAAGAAAGAAAGAAGAAAGUUCCUUAAAAGAAGAAAAGUAAAGAGACUCUGGACAGAGCCAACAAUGUCACCGGUACUCAUUAUUAUUUUUUGUUUGUUUUUGUUUUAUUGCAUUUUGUCUUUAAAUGUUUCCUUUUUUUGUACUUUGUUUUAACAAGAUUCUGUGAUAUGAAAGCAGAACUCAUAUACAUGAAAUAUACAUACAUAGAAACCAAAUUCACUGUUCUUGUAGCAAUAAAAGAUGAAAUUUAACCUUGACUAUAUUUUUUUAAUCACUUAACCUGUAAGUAGUUCUGUUACUUUGUUUUGCAAAAUGUAAAUGAAUAAAGUAUAUUUGAAAUUUUUUUAUGAA